GCUUGUGAUAUAUGUCGCAAAAGAAAGACAAAAUGUUUUGGCGGUGUUCCUUGCAAUUACUGCUUGAACUCCAAGCUUGAAUGUACGUUUCAUGCUCAUCAAAAUAAGAGAAAGAGAAAAAGAAGAACUGUCAUAAAGCAUGGGGCAAAUCCAAAUAUUAGCAUCCUUGAGAAAAGAUUAACAAGUAUGGAACUGUUAAUUGAAAAACUUGUUAAACAA